ACACUAAAACGUCAUCGAAAACUACAACGACAAAGUGUUUUCAAUUUUUAACAUUUUUAUUAAUGCUGGUGAUGACAAAUUUCUUUGUGGAUACAAUUAAAGCGGAAGGCAUUCCCUCAUCACUGCUCCAGCACGAUGACACGGAAAAUUUAAUAUUUAGCGACAGUGAUGCCAUGACUGGCAGCGAUAGCAACAGCGACGUUAUCAGUGCCAACAGUAAUAACAACAUGCCUGAGGUAUUCUCGUGUCCGGCUGAAGGUCUGUUUGCCCACUAUUAUGACUGUCAAUACUAUUAUCGUUGUGAAGUACAAACAAAUGGCAACAUAAAGGCAUAUUUGUUAGCGUGCAAAAGGGGUACGGUAUUCUCGCGUGAUUUAAAGCUAUGCAUGCCACCACUGCUGGCCAAUCGUGAGGAAUGUCAACAUUACAUCAACGAAAUCGAUACAACGCCAAACGACGAUGUUAAUGGUAGUAUGGAUGUUGUUGAUGCCAGUUUGGAUGACGUAAAUGUUAGGGGAACUAUUUUUAAUGGAGGUAUUGGAGGUGGUGUUGACAAUCGAUGGAUGCAUGCUGUUGGCGGCAUUGCAAAUAAUGGUAAUGCUUUGGUUGGCAUAUACAAUCAAGGGAAACAUUAUGGCCUAACAGGAUUAAGCGGCGUUUCAGUAAUUUCCUUUUCGACUUCAUCAGCACGUUCGUCUAGUCAUGCAGGGGAUGCUGAUAACGAUGAUGAUGGACCUGAGUGUGAAGUUGAUGGAUUCAUAAGUGAUCCAAAUGAUUGUACUAUAUUUUAUCGUUGUAUAUCAAAUGGUCGCACAUUUAAUAAAAUUGGUUUUCGCUGUUCAGAAAAUACAGCUUGGGAUAUGUCAUUAGAAUCUUGUAAUCAUAUAUUUAAAGUACGUGCUAAAGGAGGCUGCCAAAACGAACAACAAGAUUUGAAGUUGGUAGGUUCAGUUACAGAAUCAUCAAAAACUAGUUAUCGCAAUAAUACUUCAAAUACAUCGACGAACCAACAACAUCAUAGUACAUCAAGCUCUAGUUCUUCCUCAAAUUCUUCUUCUACUUCUUCUUCUUCUUCUUCUUCUUCUUGGUUGAGCUCCACUAGCUCAAGCACGAACCACAGCAAUGCUUUCAAUAAUCAAACAACCUCAACAAUUUUGUCACAAGCCCAGGCGGACUCAACAAAUUCUGCUAAUCAAAAUCAAUCUCCGUCAGGUACUUCUGCAAAUAAUGAGACGAAUUCCGAGCCUGCUAUCGAGCAUACCACCACCGCAAUGAAACCUGCAAAUUCAGAUGGAGAAUGUGAAAAUUCUGAAACUUAUCUGCCAGACAAAGUCGACUGUUCACGUUUUUAUCGUUGCGUAUAUAACGGAUAUGGUAGCUUUACUAUAGUGGGAUUCGAUUGUGCUCCCGGUACGGUUUGGGAUCCAAUUGCAAGAGGUUGCAAUCAUCCUACAGAUGUGCAAAAGGAAAAAUGCAGGGUUAUGGCCAAUGAAAGACCAUCUCCAGAAUCACCAGGCGUCCCAAAACCACAAAAAGAACCUUCAACUGCAAAUUCUCAUGUAUCUCAAGGCGCGCAGCAAUCAAGUAGCUCAUCACAAGCAUCUGAGUCAAGUCAAUCUACACAAUCAUCAAGUACUAGCGAAAAUUCCACAUCGUUACAAACAUCAGUUACCACUUCGCAAACUGCUCAGUCCAACAAUUCAUUGGCAACUAGUACAAGUUCCUCACAUCAGUCUUCCAUGCCUGCUACAAACCAAAUGACUACAACUACGAAUACGAAACCAUUCAGACCUGCUGAAUAUUGCGAAAGUGAAGAAUCCUUUUUAGAUGAUAAAACUGAUUGCACAAAAUUCUAUAGAUGCGUCGACGACGGCAGAGGUGGCUAUACCAUGGUUGCUUUUAAAUGUCCACCUAACACCGUUUGGCAUCCUGAGGCUAACAGCUGCAACCAUCCAGGACAAGCACAAAAUUUGAAAUGUAAAAUGCCAUCAACAACGAUUUCGUCGGAAUCACACUCGACCAGCAAUCAUACCACACAUCAAUCCAACAUAAAUGAAACUACCUCUAGUAACUCGCAUACAAAUUCUAGUUCCGUAACGUCACAAGCUUCCUCAUCGGCACCUCAAGAAAACGCCGGAACGCAAUCUUCGUUUCAGCAAACCAACGCAACCCAAUCCACUGCUCAAAACACUGUCUCCCAAACUGGUUCUACGUCAUCACAAGCGUCCUCAGCGUCACAUCAAGAGUCUACUAGCUCACAACCAGCGUCAACAAGUCAUGGCAGCUCUCAACAAACCAACACCGCUCAGUCAGCCGCUCAAAAUACCACCUCUCAAACAAGCUCCAAUAAUCAAAGUUCCACUACUACCCAAAUAGCUUCAACUUCUGCUCAAACAAAUUCAACAACGCAACAUACCAGUUCAAGUUCAAACAAUCAAAAUUCUGAUAGCGUGAGUCCCACAGACAGCUGCAAUAGUAAUGGACAAUAUUUAGAAGAUUUACAAAAUUGUGCUAAGUUUUAUCGUUGCGUACAAAAUAACAAAGGCGGCUACGAUACAGUAGCUUUUACUUGUGGACCCGGUACCGUAUGGGAUAGUCAAAUCGAAGCUUGCAAUCAUGCCUGGGCAGUUAAGAAUCGCAGAUGCGGUAGCAAUGUCUCACAAUCACCUACCACUGAAGGCCGACCGCCUCUUAACUCCCUAACUACUAGUAGACCUGCAGAACAAAAGCCUACAUCGACAAUACCACCAAGUAAACCCGCCACUUCGACUACCUCACCGCGACCGCAAGCGAUUUGUAAAACGGAGGGUUUCUUUGGCGAUCCAAACAAUUGCGCGAAAUUCUAUCGUUGCGUGAACAAUGGUAGAGGAGGAUUUUCCAAGUAUUCGUUUAAAUGCGGUAUUGGCACGGUGUGGGAUAGCGAUUUGCAAACUUGCAAUCACGACAUGAAUAAAUGUAACUUGAAUAACGACGAAAGCAAGCCCCAGUCGCAACCAACGACCAACAAACCAGGCUUUCAUCCUACCACUACCCCAACGACAAGCACAAGUGUGCCACCUAAAACUACUACAGUAACUAAAUACCCUAUGAAUACAACCGAAUAUCCAAGCUCCACAACAAUAGUUACUAAGCCUUCUACAGCGACGAUGAAACCUGAAUCAAAUACACUUUUAACUGCAAAUAGCAAAUGUCCAAAAGAAGGAUUCUUUGGAGACGCCGAGGAUUGUCAAAAGUUCUAUAGAUGUGUGGACAACAAAAAAGGAGAUUUUGAAAAGCAUCAUUUCAAAUGUGAGAAUGAUACCAUUUGGGAUGCAGAAAUUGAAGCUUGUAACCACCACAGUGCUGUAACUGACCCCAACUGCCACAAAGAAAGCUCUAAUGGCAGUCACACUACAACUGCCACCUCAGUCACAACAGCUGUCAGUGGGAGCACUUCACUUAUUAUGAGUCCUACUACGACUCAGUCUACUACAGAGUCCACAAACAUAUACAAUACAACGCAGCAAAUAGCCUCCACAACGCCAUUUCCUAAUCUAGUACCUGGCACAAAGUGCGCUGGUGAAGGGUUUAUGGCAGAUCCCGAGAACUGUCAAAAAUUUUACAGGUGCAUUAAGAAUGGCAAUGAUUACGAAAAGCAUGAAUUCAAAUGCGCCAACGGUACCGGUUGGAGUGAAGAAAAACAGACUUGCGAUUAUGUUGGUAAUAUCGAACGGUGUCAACAGCAAAUCGAGGCGCAUGAGCCAGAAAUUGCGACAAUAGAAUACGAACCUACAACGGACAAACACAGCUCCACAACAAACGCCAGCAGCGCACAACAUACAACUGCGGCAACCGCAGAAGCUUCAACAACGUCAUCCAGGCCAAUAACAACUACUACGAUGCCAACGACCAGCCAAACAUCUCCAACAUCUUAUGAUACAACGACUAUGUCGUCGAUAUCUACAACAAUAUCAACUACGUCCACCACCCCGUUGCCAAAUUUGCCACCUGACAACGUAUGCAAUGGGGAAGGACUCAUGGCUGAUCCAAAUAAUUGCCGAAUAUUCUAUCGUUGUGAAAAGACUGAUAAAGGCUACGUAAGACAUGAAUUUAUGUGCGCGAAGGGCACGGGUUGGAGUGAGAAGAAACAAACAUGUGAUUAUGCGGGAAAUGUGCAACGUUGUGAAAGCCAUACGGAAAAUCCAGAAAUUGAAACUUCAACUUCUGAUAUAACAAUGUAUCCAACAACUACAUCUACUGAAAUAUCAACUACAACAACUGGUCGGACGCCAACAGCGAUAACCACUAUGUACCCAAGUACCACAAGCACAGGAAAACCAACUACCACAACUCUCAACACAGAACCAACAACACCCACUGCAGUGUAUUCGAACACUACGGCCAUAUUUUCAUCUACCAUAACGGAAGCAUCAAGUACAACGGAAAUAUUAAGUACAAAUUAUUAUCCUACCACUACCACGCAACCUACUUCAACGACGACUAUACCUAAUCUUCCACCAGGCACAAAGUGCGAGUCUGAAGGUUUUAUGGCUGAUCCCAAUGAUUGCCGAAAAUUCUAUAGAUGCUUUAGGAGUGGAGAUAAAUAUGAAAAGCACAACUUUGUCUGUGGUCGAGGAACAGCGUGGAGCGAAGAAAAGCAAACUUGCGAUCAUGCUGGUAAUGUCGACAGAUGUAUAGGCCAAACUGAAAGCCCUGAAACUACAAGUACUACAUAUGAAACCACCACCUCAACAGUAGCAAAACCGACUGAAGUGGCAACCACAGCAACGUCAACCACAACAGCCUUAACGCAAAGCACCCAACCGAUAACAACAACGAUGGAAACCACAACAGUAACUGCGCAACCUACAACGACUACAAUGCAAACAACAAUGCAACUCACAACUACAACAAUGCAACACACAACCACAGCAAUGCCAACAUCAACUACUCAGUUUCCACCAACAACUACAACGCAACGUACGACAGCAAGUAUGAAACCUGUAACCACUACUGAUUCUCCGAUAACGACAACAACUCAGUCUACGUCUACCAUUUCUUCCACGAACAAACCAGGGUACGUGCCGACAACGGAACCGACAACCACUGAUGCUUACGAAAGCACCACGCUGGAAUCAAUUAAUUACAAUUGCACAUCGGAAGGUUUCUUCCCAGAUCUCGAGGAUUGCAAUCAUUAUUAUCGUUGCGUUGAUGUAGAGACGAAUGGAAAUUAUCAAGUCUAUAGUUUCCGUUGUCCCAAGGGUACCGUUUGGGAUAUCUCUCUCGACACAUGUAACUACGCCGAUCAAGUUUCCAGCAACUGUUCUUCUGGAGCCACCACAACCGAAAGACCUCAAACAACUUCAAUAACAACAACUAAAAGCCCCAAAGAAACUACAACCAGCACGGAAAGGCCUGAAACUACUACUACCUACGGUCCGGAAAUAACAACUACGGAAAAAUCUAAGGAUACUACGACCUAUAGACCGGAGAUCACAUCUACGGAGAGACCUAAAGAAACCACAACUACUUACAGACCGGAAACAACUACCACUGAAAAAUCUAAAGACACUACAACUACCUAUAGACCGGAAACCACAACUACUAAUAGACCUAAGGACACCACAACUACUUAUAAACCAGAAACUACUACCACUGAAAAACCUAAGGAAACUACAACUACCUACAGACCGGAAACCACAACCACCGAGAAACCUAAAGAGACUACAACUACUUAUAGACCAGAUACAACAACCACCGAUAAACCUAAGGACACCACAACUACCUACAGACCAGAAACUACUACCGAGACACCUAAAGAAACCACGACUACUUCUAGGCCGGAGACUACAACUCCACCGAGACCUGAAGAAACUACUUCUACUGCUAUCCCGGAAAAUACAACUACCGAAAACGCCACAGAAACUACAACUACCCAUACGCCGGAAACUACAACCAUUAUAACGACUUCUAGACCUGGAACUACAACUACCGAGGCACCUGCAGAAACCACAACUACCUACAAACCAGAGACUUCAACUACUGAAAGACCUAAAGAGACUACACCUAUUUCUAAACCUGAGACUACAACGACGGACAAAGGUAAAGAAACUACAUCUACUGCAAUUCCGGAGACCACAUCUACUCAAAGGCCAAACACAUCCAUUCCAUGCCCAGAUACACAAGAAGGGCAAUACCUCUUCGUUUGUCCGACGGGAUUCAAACGUCAUCCGAAAAACUGCAAUAUGUUUUAUCAAUGCACAGAGGUACCUGAAAGUUAUGAUCACAGUAUUGUAGUUUUCGAAUGUCCUAAGAGUACAGUUUUCCAUGAAUCACUGAACCGCUGUGACAUUCCUCGCAAAGGUGACAACUGUCAAUUAAAGACUGAAUUAGUGAAUACGUUAUAUCACGAUGAAUACAAACACAAUCACAUGAUUAAAGUGCGCUCUACUCAACCGCUAUGCCCUAAUGAAGGCCACUUCCCAUUAAACGACGACAGCUGUAGUCAACUUUUCAUAAAAUGUGAAUACUCUCAACAAUCACAACGCGUCGAAGGACAAAUUUAUAGAUGUCCAAAGGGUUUCGCAUAUUGGACUAUAAGUCGACGCUGUGAACGUAUUCAUAAAUUGUCGAAUUGCCCAACAACAAGAUAUGAAAUUAAUAACUCAAUACCGGUAGAAUGGAUUAACAUUGGCAGCAAACGUAGAAAUAUGAAAAUAUAGUGAAAAUCUUAUAAAUAGUUUAAAUUCCUUUAAUAAGAUUAAAUCAUAAUGCAAAAUAAAAAUAAAUUGUUUGUUGUGCAUGCGAUAUAUUCCGUCCUUAAUGUUUAGGCUAAAGCGCAACCGGUAACCGUAGUUAAAUAAAUCCUAUUUAAGGGCAUAACAAACGAUUCAUGCAUGCCUGCAUAUUAGUUUAACAAAUUUUCUAGUU